CAGCAGCGCAUCACAAUGAGAAAAUUGGAUUAUAGGAAAGAUGUCUGUGAAAUCCCAACGGCACUCGAUUCACUGCACCUAUAUAUAUGAGGGUAGAUGAAAUGAGAACCUUCAACCUACCUCUUAUCUCUCACCCACUCCCUCCCUCUCUCUCCGUGAAGCAUAGAACUUAUUAAGGAAAUUAAUUAGAACGGGAAGGUGGUAUAAAUAGAGAACAAAAAAUGCGAAAAUCAAAUUAAAUUCUGAAGGAUUUCGUUCCUCCACACACUCUGUGCUCUUAACUGCAAAGGCCGGCUUUUACAGUCAGGGACGAAACGUACUGCUUCAAACCAGCAAUGCCAGUUCCUCUUAUCCCAUAUGCAGCACCUCCUGUGCCAUUUACACCACCAAAUGGUUCACAGAGCCAGAUUGUUUGUUCUGGUUGUCGAAAUCUUCUUCUCUAUCCACUGGGGGCAACAUCUGUAUGUUGUGCUGUUUGCAAUGCUGUUACUGUGGUACCCUCGCCUGGAACUGAAAUGGCUCGGUUAGUUUGUGGAGGGUGCCACAUGCUACUGAUGCACAUGCAUGGAGCAUAUAGUGUCCAAUGUUCUUGUUGCCACACCAUCAAUCUGGCUUUGGAAGGAGUCAUGAAAUCUCAUUAUCCGUCAAACUCUCAAUACUUUUCCACACCACUUGGAUCUCAUACCAGUUCAAUAGUUCAACAAUUACUACUUAUGAAAAGAGAUCAGAACUACCAGCUAAGAGCACAUGGUUAAGUACUUCAAUAAGGUGACACCAAUCACCUAAAUCAUGCAAAGAUAUCUUAUACCAGUUACACUUAGCCUCAUGGCCUAUGCUACUCGUGUUCCCAUCAAUUGUGUUUUGAAAAUUGAAUUUGAAGUAUGUCUCUAUUAGAAGGAGAUGGAAAACCUAACUUAAUCUGACAAAAUGACCUAGACCUAUUAAAUACAGGGAAAAAAAUACGAAGCUUCCUCAAUCAGGUGAAAAGGAAUUCGAGAGAUUGGAUCAUGUUGUUGAGGAUCUCGCAGACUCUCAGAAACCUUGUCAAGCCCCAUGGAUGAUCCAUUUGCAUGAUCAUUUCCCUUUGAAAUGAUUAUUCCUCAUAAUAAAGAAGUUCUACCUCAAUCUAGUUCCAAGCUUUUCCUAGCGAAUCUUGACAGCCGUGCAAGAUUUUUUUUUGAGAAAUUCUUUUUUCCGACUUUGUGUUGCUUCAACAAAUGUUAUAGAAUAGUAUUAACAAAUAAUGCCUGACAAGCUUUUUAGAAUAGUACUCGAAUACAUUAUAGAGUAAUCAAAAGUUCUUUAUGCUUAUAUGAACUCAUAAGAAUACAGAGAAGUUGCCUACAUGCAUUUUAACACCAAU